CGUUCUCAGUCCCCCGACCCACCCUAUGCCCGCUCUAUCCAUGGCUCGCCCUGUCCAUCCUCCUUUACUCUAGCCCUUCGCUCGCCCUAAUCCUGAAUCGGGGAUCAUCCGUACUCCCUAUUGCUGAUGGAGCUGCCACAAUCGAAUCCCGCACCGGGUAGGAUCCUCAGUACUCGCUGUCUGGCGAGGUACUCCCUUUCAUCUCGCGCGCGCGGCCUUGCCCGCUCUCCUACUCCCCCCGAUGUAUGAUACGAUCUGGCCGCCGCCACUGCUUCGCGGCCCCCACCCGGUCCCACGCAUGCAUAGGGCGCCUUAUAAGAGGGCACCGAUGAGGGCGUUUGGCUCGACUUCAUUCAAUUGCUACUCCUCGUCUAGUACCGCCACCGCGUCAUAAUCUAAAGGUCUAACAUGGCAUCCGCUACGUCCGACGCUACCCAGGACACCUACGAUGUCGCCAUCAUUGGCGCUGGUCCCGCAGGUAUCAUGUCCGCGGUCGUUCUCGCCCGCAUGGGCGUCAAGUUCUUCAUUUGCGACUCGACCGAUUACGCUAGCCAUCAGUACGGCAGAGGCGACGCCAUCCAGCCAAGAGUCAUGGAGAUCUGGCAGUCCCUCGGCCUCCCCUUCGAGCAGGCCGAGCACGUCGGCAAGAAGGUCUUCGGGCGUGCCUUCUGGGAACUGGGCGGCGACGCAGGCACCAGCACGCGCAUCUCCACAUCGCGCCUCUUUCCAACCGCCUACGACUACGACAAGAACUACGCGCUCCUUCUCCGCCAGGGCCUCGUCGAGCAGAUCCUCCUGGACGACGCAAAGCGGCACAAUCCGGGCCUCGAGGUGCAAUGGAACACGGCAUUUGUGGGGAUGGAGAGGGGUAAGGAUGGGGUUUAUGAUAUCGAGCUGAAGAGUACGUUGGGCGAAGAGGUGACGCCGAAUGGUGUGCCUACGCCACCAGUUACUCCUCCCGGCAUCAAGGCUCUCGCCAAUGGCACCGCUACCGCGAAUAAACCCUCUUCCGCCGCUUCCUCUCCGUCCAAAAUUCGCGCUAAAUACGUCCUCGCCGCCGACGGUGCGCGCAGCGCUGUUCGACGGUGGGCGAAGCCUCUAGGCGCGGUCUUGCAAGGCGACCUGCACUCCAUCACCUGGUGCGUGCUCGACGCGGUCGGUGUGCGUAGCAACCAUCCAGACCUGGAGAAGAUAUGCAUAAACCGCUCCCCGCGCGGCAUCGUCCUCGUCAUCCCCCGCGAGCCCAUCAACGGCAAGCCCUCCUGCCGCUUCGACAUCCAGAUCGAGAACAAGAGCCGGGUGGAGGCGACGCAGGAGGACGCGGUGCGCAUGAUCAAGGCGAUCUUCCACCCGUUUACGGUCGAGUGGGACGAGGUCAGCUGGUGGUCGUCGUAUGAUGUCAGCCAGCGCCUCAUCAACACAUAUAGCGUCAACGACAACUCGGUCUUCUUCAUGGGGGACUGCUGUCACACGCAUUCACCGCGAACCGGCCUCGGCCUCAACACCGCGACCAUGGAGGCCCACAACCUCUGCUGGAAGCUCGGUUAUGUCGCCAAGGGCCUCGCGGACCCGGCGAUCCUGGACACCUACGCGGGCGAGCGGUUCACGGUCGCGGAGAAGCUGAUCCGCAUCGACCGGACGUUGGUGGCGAUGUACGCGGGGCUGGAGAGGGAGGGAGUGGCGGGGGCGGGGCAAGCCGCUGAGCAGAAUGGUCAACAUGAAGGGGAGGAGAAGGCAGAUGGAGGGGAGGAGAAAGCAGCGGACUGGCUGCAGAGGCUGCACAAGUACCAGAUGAGUUAUGCGGCGUACCAAGCCGGCGCCUCCAUCGCUUACCCGCCCUCCGCCCUCGCCCUGGGCGCCGACUCCAAAUCCGACUUCGACGUCGGCCGGCCCGGCAUCGCGGUUGGCGCGCGCCUCAAGCCCGCCUCCGCGACUCGCGUCUCCGACAUGGUCGUCACCUCCAUCAUCCCCAAGUUCGACGGGCGCUUCACCAUCUUCGUCCUCGCUGGCGACCUCGGAGUGGACGGCGCUGUCGACCGCCUCCUCGCCCUGGACGACUACAUUUCCAGCACGGGCUCCAUCUUCGCCAAAUACUUGGGCGACGCCACCUGCGGCCCGCGCCCCGUCUGCGAACCGCUCUACCUCUCCACCGUCGACAAAUCCUCUCCUAUUCCUCCCGGCCGCAGGCUCUACACCCACGACUACACCACCGUGCCACAAAUCACCGGCGCCUACCACGCCCCGCAACACAAGCUCUUCCGCGUCACCGUCGCCACCACCACCGACGCGACCCACCCCACCAUCACCCAACGCCUGUACCCCAAGCUACACCCGACAACUGUUAGCGAGCGCCCGUCCCACCUGUUCGCUCCCCUCGGAUUUUACUGCGAUGAUCGGGCGGCGCUGUCGCCGUAUCGGGAGAGCUUCCCGGAGGCGGGCUCCGUGCUGGAGCAUCCGCUGCAUGAGAAGUGGGGCGUGGGGGCCGAGGGAGCGAUUGUCGUGGGUAGGCCGGAUGGGCAUGUGGGGAUGAUUGCGAAGGGGUGUGGCAUCGAGGCUUGGAAGGAGGUAGAGGCGUACUUUGCGGGAUUUAUGAAGAGUAAGGAGGCGUGAGGUUCGUCAUUCCCCUGUAAAAUGUAGAGCAACAGCGAGAGAUAUCACACAUUUCCGACCUAUCUAUCAGAAGACUUGAAUCUUUGCAAAAC